UGGGUUUAUACUAAAGCUGAGAUGAAGGCUGAGCUUGACAGACAGUGAAGCUGAAUUUUAUUUUGCAUUUCUGGGAGCUACUGUAGUUAUUGUUGUUGUAUUAAUACUAGUGAGCGGUUGUCACGACCAACACCGCAGAACCGGACGGACGUGGCUGGCUUUUUUUUUUGAGCAAAUCAUUCUACAGUUAUCACAUUAUGACAACAUUCUCAAGGAAAGCGCAGUAAUUCAAAGAAAUGGUUUUGUUUGGAAGCAUUGUGAAGCUGCACGUUGCAGCUCUUCGGGGGGCUGUUGGCUGCGCUGCUGUCAAAACAAGCAGGAACCAGGUUAAGAUACUUUCUCGGGUAAAAUGUUCGAGACAGCUCGUUCACUGGGGACCCUACAAAGCAGUCUUGUACAGUACACAGGCGCUCUCUAAUGAUAUCAUGGUGGAAUACAGACAUGGCCUCCCAAUCAUUUCUCUGCCGCUCCCCUCAUGGAGAGAAAGGUGUCAGUUCUCGAUCAAGCCAAUGCUCAUGACUGUGGGAGACUUUCUUCACUACAUCAGGGACGAGGACAAAGGGAUUGACCGUGCAACCAUAUUGAACACAGACGGUGUACAAGUAUCAGUCACUACAACCAUGGACACUUUGCUGAUGAACAACUUUCAGCUGCUUAUCAAUGACAUCACCUAUAACGUGCAUCCUCCAGUUAGAGAGGUGGUAAGCAGGGAGCAUGUCACACAAAUGGAAGAUGUGAAGACCAUUGUCCACAGGCUGCAUGUGGCUCUGCACCUGCCCACUCAUCAACUGUUCAAGGAGAGGGAGCUCCUGGAUAAGCUGGCUGAUAUAAAACAGCAGCUGCACCCUUUAGAAGAGAUGAAAAGUCGUUUAAUUCGUAAAGCUGAGGCAAGGACGACGAGACUGCUGUGGGCUGGAUUGGCUAUUCUGUCUGUUCAGGGAGGAGCCCUUUCCUGGCUCACCUGGUGGGUUUACUCCUGGGAUAUCAUGGAACCUGUCACCUACUUCAUCACAUACGGGAGUGCCAUUGGCUUUUACUCCUACUUCAUCCUCACAAAACAGGACUAUGUUUACCCAGACUUUAAAGACCGACAGUUCUUGCAUUACUUCUACCGAGGAGCCAAGAGACAGCGUUUUGAUGUUGAGAAGUACAACAAACUGAGGGAGGAGUUGGCUAUGGUUGAACAAGAUCUAAAACGCCUUCGGGAACCACUCGAGUUACAACUUCCAAUUAAGCAAAUUGAAGGGAAAGAGUGACAUGGCUCUGUGGUUUUGUGACAGCCCCCCCCCACCCACCCACCCCCCCCCCCCCCGUUCUA